AUGGGUCGCUCCCCGUCCCCUGCUCUCCUGUUGGUCGUAGUGCUAGCGGUGCUGACGUCACUGUCGGCGUCGUCAGCGCGGAAGCAGCCUUUGGCCAACACUGACGUCAGCCAGCAGGGGAGCUCCGAGGGCGAUGCCACGCCAUACAACCCGUGCGGCCACUUCGAUUCCAACGACCCGAACGAUGCGGGCAACGCACACCAGCCGUGCUACGGACCCGACGGGGAAGUCUGGUACUGCUGCCUUUCCGGGAGCUCCAUGUGCUCCUGCCCGACUGUGGUGAUCGACGCUCCCAAGGAUUAUGGCUGCUACAACUACGUCGCCGACAACACUCUCAACGCCAACACGGGCGCCGAGUGCGGCUACUUCUUCCCCGAGACCACCGCGCACGCCGGCCGGAUCCUCGCGACAAACGAGACCUGCAACGUCUGCCCCCCCGAAGACUUAGCGGGCUUCAAACUGGGCCCCACCUCCCCGUUGCUGCAGCCAAACUUCAUCCUGCGCUGCUACUACGAUGCCCUCCCGUACGUCUGCGAGUAUUUAUUUACCACCGGGGAGUUGACACUGGACCAGAACGACAAUGUUUGCCCGGGGGGCGCAGCACGCGGGCCGUGCCCUAGCUAA